AUGGCAGAUGAUUACAAGUUCGAGGGCUGGAUCGGCCAUGACGAGGCCUCGGUCAAGGGCAACAUGGUCUGGGGGACAUUUGAGCCCAAGGCUUGGGAAGACACAGAUGUUGACAUCAAAGUCACGCAUAGCGGCAUUUGCGGUUCUGACUUACACAUGCUGCGCUCUGGCUGGGGCCCUGCUCCGUAUCCAAUCUGUGUCGGCCAUGAAAUCGUCGGCGUCGCCGUCCGUGUUGGCUCCCAAGCCUCGGGCGGCAUUCAGCUCGGGGACCGCGUCGGCGUCGGUGCGCAGUCAGACAGCUGCUUCGGCCGCGGUGCCCCGGCGGGGUCGUGUGGUGAGUGCGAUGAAGGCUCCGUCAACUACUGCCCUCGCGCCGUGCAUACGUACGGCGGCUUCCACUUCAACGGAGGCAAGACGAUGGGCGGCCACGCAACCUACCACCGAUGUCCCUCAGCGUUCGUCAUCAAGAUUCCCGACGGCCUCGCGUCGGAGGACGCUGCGCCCAUGCUUUGCGGCGGCGUCACCGUUUACUCGCCGUUGCGGUUUCACGGGGCAGGGCCGGGCAAGACGGUGGGCAUCGUUGGCGUCGGUGGCCUGGGCCAUUUCGGCGUGCUCUUUGCGCGGGCCCUCGGUGCUGACCGCGUCGUGGGCAUCAGCCGGAAGGCGGACAAGAGGGACGAGGUGCUGCAGAUGGGCGCCGACGCGUACAUAUCGACAGACGGGGAUGCCGAUUGGGCCAAGGAGAACGCCAAAAGCAUCGACAUAAUCAUCUCGACUGUCAGCUCGAGCCGUAUGCCCCUGCAGGAGUAUCUGGGCCUGUUGCGGCGCGACGGCACGUUCGUCCAGGUGGGCAACCCGGAUGACGGGCAGUUCUCGUUCCAUCCGGGCCCGUUGCUUGCGGGGCGGGUCAAGAUAACGGGUUCGGCCAUCGGAUCGCCGGCGGAGAUUCGGGACAUGUUUGAGCUGAGCGUGCGCAACGGGGUCAAGCCGUGGGUGCAGGUGCGGCCCAUGGCGGAUGCGAACGCAGCGAUUGUGGAUGUCGAGGAGGGUAAACCGCGGUACCGCUACGUCUUGGUGAAUGAGUAG